GGCGGCAGCGUUCCUCAUGGAGAUCAGGCGGGCGACGCAGAGCGCGCUGCUGGUUGUCCGCGCGGCGGCGGAGCUCCCCAGCGCGCCGGUGGAGGUGUCGGUGUGCGCGGAUUCCCUGGAAGUGAGGAGCGGCGGGAGCUGCGAUGCGGCGGCGCUGCCGGCAGGGGUCAGCCUGGCGCCGUCCUCGUGCCGCGGGCUCCGGCGCCUGCGCGGGGACGGGCUGCACCUGCGCGUGCGCCUGCGCCGCCUGCCGCCCGCCGCCGAUGUGGUUUUUACUUUGAGGGAAAGCCUGAAACCCAACAAGAAUUACAUCUUUUACUGUCAGUCCUGUGGUGACAUCGUAGUGAACGACCGGAAAUUUCUCAGAGUUCUUCCUCUACCGAGUGAAAACUGGAGUGAUUUAGUUGAAGAGUGGUGUUGUCACCCCGACCCCUUUGCCAGAAGAACUUUGCACCCUCAGCAUGGUGACUGUUUUGUUGGAGACACUUUUCUUCUGUUGAAUUCAAGAAAUGAAUCACAUGUACCUGAAUCUCCCGUGUGCUGCUCAGAGGCUGGACACCAUGUUUCACAGAGUGACUCCAACUUGAAGUCAAAAGAAAAUACCAGAGUAAUUUGUAAGCGCUGCAAGACAAUGCUGGGAGAAACAGUUUCAUCAGGUACCGUUAAAUAUUAUGUCACUGAGGUGGUUAUUCAAUCAGCUGAGGAAGGUUUCAGUCCAACACCAAGGUCUCAGUUUGUACAGAGCAUUGUUGCUCAGUGUCUUUUGGAAUUAUCCUCUGCUAAAAGCACAUUUAGAUUCACCAUAAAAGGAGAUAAUGGAAAAACCUAUAUUCUGGGCUACUUUUCUCCACCUACAAAUCUGCUGUGCAGACAGAAGAGGUCUUCCUUUCAAGUAGCAGGUUCUUGGCAAAUAACACCUUAUGUAAACAGCCCUAGCUGCUGGGAGUGAUAAUAGUAAAUGCUGCUGAAGUGAGAGUGUUGUAAAAAUGUAUGAAGAAAAUUGAAAAUGUCGUUACAUGGCAAUUUGACCAUAACUUGAUCUCAGAAAAUAUAUGUGUAGGUACAGUGGGAGGAAAAUUGCACUUUUCCCUUUAGAGUAGAGUGCUAGGCAAAGCUUUGUCAAAAGGUCGUUGAUAGAUUUUUGUAUCUCAUAUGCAUCUCUGAAUGGUUUACAGCUUUUGCAGAAACCUUUUCCUAUAUAAAAAUUUGCUGCUUAUAAUUUGGGAGUUGAAAAAUUACUUCCAGAAGUUUUUCAUUUUAUUAGCUUUAGAGGGACAAGAAUAAGCUGGAAAAUUGAGUUUAUUGCUGAAAACCUGGAGGGUUUGAGUCCUAGUGCUUUUAUUACAGUCCAUAUAUUGUUAGCCGUUUAUGAAGCUGUUAUUGAUGUAUUCCAGAAUGUUGUUUAUUUCUCCCAAGAAUGGCUUUCAUUCUAUAUAUGACCCUAGAGUAAUUCACUUCUCAUAAAAACAUCAAACUGUGUCUUGUUUCACUGAUUUUUGAAUGUCUGAGAUUUUCGUAGUUUUUUGGUGACUCUUGCCUGUAGAAAACACAUGGGACCACAUAGAUCAAUAAUUGAUUGACUGAGGAGUGACCAGUGUUUCUCUGGUUUGUGCUAUCUGUGAGCUGAUUUCUCUAUCUGGAAUCAUUAAAAGAGUAGAUGUGAUUGUAAAUAGAACAUGAAAGGUCUGGUUUGCUUCAGAUUUUUUUUUUUUUCCUGUUCCCUUCUUGAAUUAUUUAAUGGUAUCAAGUUAAGAGAACUGACACCGUAGGUGGAAUGAGUUACCUUAGAAGAGAUGGCUGAACAGUCAGGCAGAAAUUUUUAAAAGAUAGAGUCUGAUGCCCAGUCAGGGUUUUGGGACAGGAAGGAAAAGAAUACUUCUCAGAGUUUGAUAGACAUGUGGAAGCUAUAAGCCUCAUGAAAUUUGAAGGCUUAGGCAGCAGACUGCUCUUCAGUGGCAUCCUUCCUCACCUCUGGGAAAAAGCGUACGCAACUUUUAAGUAUAACUUUCAGGAGAAAUAUCCUGACUUUCUUGUUUAUUGAAACUACACCUGCCAUGUGCAGCAGCCUUUUAUGGUAGUUACUUAGGAACUUAGUUCUUGCUCUUAAACACUGACCUGAUAUAUCUUUCCACUCUUUGGAGCUGUUGUAUUUUUGGUAUCUAAUCUUGCUAUUGAAAAUUAGAAGUACUAAUUGAAGUAGAUAAAAGUGUUGGAAUAAACUUUUUGUCUACUGAACAAAUUCUCAUAUUUUUUCUCAAAAAUUUGGCUCAUUUUAUCAUUCCUGCUGAGUUUUUUACUUAGGUUGCUUUUUUUGUUCAUCUUUUGGAAUUUCACAUUGAAGUCAGAGGAGGAAGGAUUCCUACUGGUUUUUAAAAUGGGAUUUGUAAUCCCAAAUUGCUUAUCCAUUUGUUGAUUAUCUGACUGAUAGCCUGCCUGUCUUCUUAUGUAUUGUGAAAAAUGCUGUUGUAUUAAUACUUGUCUUGCUGGGUACUGCUUUUGUUCUCUGCAUUAAAAGUGUUAAAUACUAUCUACAGAAUAAUUGGCAAUGUAAAAAUAUGAAAUUGACUGUAAGGGCGAUUGCUUAACUACUUCUUAUGGUCAAAUUUUUUUAAAGAAAAGAUAGAUAAAUAUUUCUUUAAGAUCUCUGAUCACAAAUAUGCUUUUGAAUCAGUAUUUGUGAUUCUGUAAUGUGGUAAAACAAAAAAUAAGUUUCAGGCUUUUACCUUCUUUCCAUAUUCUUCAUAUUUAUUUGUGAAACACUGCAAUUCAAGUAAGCACAAUUUUGGUAGUUUUCAUGUGUCUUUGACUCAUCUUGCUGUAGUUCAGCUCUUUGAGGAAUAUUAGGAUUGGUAAUAAGAGAAAUGUCAAGUUGGGUGGCAAAAAAAUUGUAAAUUAAAAGCAACAAGACUAUCUGAAACCAGUUUAAAAUGUGUUGUCAGAAACAACUGCAUUGCCAGGUAGUUAAUAACACUUAUAGGAUGAUAGGAAUGUAAGAAAUGCUAUGCUGGGUCAGAGCACUUUAGCAUGUUCUGCUUAGUUCUUAUUGUCCCUCCAACAUCCAGAAAUGUUCUUCAGAGUAGUGUGUGAGCACUUUCCUGUAGUGCUCAGCUCUGUGGUUGUAUUAAAGAUGUCAGAGGAUACA